UAAAUGGUGCUACAAAAUUAUAACAACUGGACUAAACACGGUGCAUUUACAAACAAAUUUACAUAUUUUGCAAAUACGGUUGCAUAUCUACAUUAUUACAGUCAUAGACUGUGUGACGUCACACUUUGUAGCUGCAGAUUAAAAUGGCGGAUCAUCGUGGUCGUCGUGCGUUUAGCUCGAGAUAUUUUUUUGUAUUCAGAUAAAGCUUAUUGCAUCUAGCAUUAUCGAAUCUCAAAUCGUGCAAGUAAUCAAAGAAUUCUAAACGCGAAUCUGUCCCUCGAAUGUACGCAGUGUUGUAAGUCACGGCAAAGCGAUCGCUCACGAUGCGAAGUGCGAACGAUGUGUGCAACUCGCGAACAAAUGGCGUAGUAACGAAAGCGAAAAUUCACUUUAUUUGGUGCUGAGAUAAUCUUACACUUGACAAGCCCAUCCUGCAAAACACCUAGCAUCCAAACCGACCAACUCCUAAUUUGUACAUUCCAGUUUGAAUAAGGUUAGAAUGAAAAAAAAAUAUAUCAAACGAAGAAUUGCAGUUUAUUUGAAUUAUUGGAAUUUCUGCCAUCAUGAAUUACAGGUAUACCCACGAUUCCUCGCUGCCACUCCUAGCCAAAUUCAUGAGACACGAAUUGUUUCCUGCUCCUCUUCACACGCAUUUCUCUUCCACUCCGGCGUAUUACUGCGAUUGACUGCGAUGUUGCAGUCAUAGUAUCAGGUGCUAAUCGCUUAGCGACACAAUCUGUAUUGCGAGUAAGCGCAAAUAUGCGUUUUAAUGGUGAGUAAUGUGUUCGAGACGUUCUAUAAUAAUAGACUCUUGACAUUAGCAGUUAGAAUUCAGCUCCUCGUAUAUUUUUUGAUUCUACGGCAGUCUAUUGAAUCCGUUCUAGCGGAUUCUCCUCGAAUAACUUUCUUCGUCUAGCUACCAAAUAACUACCGUUUUGUCGAUUGUCUCGACAAGGAGAUACAACGCACGCGUAUGAUCACCCGGAUUAUUAACAGAAUCGAAUCAUUACAUCAUUAUAUAGGAGCACAGCAGUUAAAUGCGAAUUGGAGGAGGGUGAAUUGUUGACGAAAUUGAGAAUCGAUCAGGUCGCAAUUGCGAAAACGUGCGUCGCGGUAUUUGCGCCAUGGCGAGUCGUCGCGAGCGAAAUGGAACAAUCGCAGAAUUCCGAAAGAACAAUGAUCUCGCUACGGCGCUAUGUACACGACGGCCAUUGCGUAAAACAUCGCGCGCCCUUCGGCUGCUCCCCCGCGUCUGUCGUAAUUAAAUCGCAUACAAAUGUGAUCAGCUUUCGCGCUUCUUGCGGGUGGCAGAGGAAAAAAAAUAGAGAAAAGCGGGCGACAAGAGGAUAUUUUCGAAAGAACAAUUCGCGUCGAGGACCUGAUCGUGAUCGUGCCGAAAGAUGGACUGCCGAGAUUUUUGUGCGUUAUUGCUUUUUCGAGUUGCGCGUAACAAACGUAUAUAUGUAUGUAUAUAUGUGUAAUAAUGAUGAAUCGUCCGUAGCACGUCGGCAGUGCUCCUCUACGACCGGUCCUUGACGUCGCGGCGCCCUUCUAAUGCCGACAGUGCCCAUCGUAAUCGCCCAGAAGACCUCACGCGGGAUCUAACGAGAUCACAACCUUUCGGGAUUGCGCGUACAUUGCAUAUAUAUCGUUUUCGUAGGACAAUUAGUGACGUGAUCCGCGAAUUGUCGUGAAACGUGUCGCGCAAACCGCAAUCGCGCCAAGAUCGAAACCGAUAAAGACUCUCACGUUCUUUCAGCAUAAAAAGUCUCAAUGGAUGUGGCGUAGCACACGAAGCGACAACGCACAUCGAGAGAGAGAGAAAAAGAGAAAGGGGGAGAGAGAGAGAGAGAGAGAAAGAAAGAGAGAAAGGAGGAAAGAAGAGAAACCGUGUUUACACAAAGAGACAAUAUGCCAGCGAAAUAUUUUGAGAAAUUGCACACAGCAAUUGUGUAAAAAUGUUCAGAGGUAAUCUCAGAACUACAUGUAUAAUUUUUAACUUAAUAGAGGAAAUCUCUAGUUGACGAGAUAGGUGAAAAGAGAACGGAGACACUCCAGGAGAACGUUUUUUUCAGGAGUCACCGUUCGAGUGUAUAGGUCACGAAUUGUAAAAUGAGUUACACCGACAUUUUGCAAACGUUAGAUUAACGUUAUCCUCUUCUGUGAUAUAAAGAGACAGAGAAGGAGCAUUGACCGCACAUUCAUGCGACGUUAUUACGACCGCGCAAUCGAGAGAUUGUAACGGCGAUCCUCGUCGUUCCUCCUCGUCGACGAAUGUCGGAACUGGCACAAAAUGGAUUUGUCGAUGUCGCCGUUGUCUUCGUCGAUGAUGCUCUAGUUCUGUCUACACGGCGUUGCAGACGACUAUAGAGAGCGCUGCAAGAACCACGAAAAAGGGAAAUUGCCAGAGGCGAGAUCAGUGCCGACAUAACUGCUGACUUUGUGUGGUGUAACUUUGUAUGCGAUUCGAAGCGGGAAGGCAGCCGCGUCGAUGAAACGUUGCACAUUCGUGGGAGCGAGGAGGGAAGGUGAGAGGGCUGGUGCACUCCAGACGCAGGAUCGUACCGAGAAACAGGAGACGAUCGAUGCAUCACCGGCUGAUCCCUCUGAGUGUAAUGAUUUAUAAGAUUGAUCAAAAACAAGGAACAAGAUGGAGCAAGAGGAAUACGAUAAGAAAUUUGCAGAAAUGCAUAAAUACAUUCCAUUUUUGAAAGUAAUGAUUGCUAGACUGCAAAACGUCAAAGACAAGGACACAUGUCGGGAAGUUCAGUUGCAGAAAAUGGAAAGUUUGCUAGAAAUUCUGACGACCCAAAAAAAGUUGAAGAUCGAAACGCUGCAGCGCUGCGAAGAUGUUCUAUACAAAUUGUACAAUAAAAUGGGAAAGUUUCAGGGAAACAUGUCGACAAAUACGAGUUGCAGAGAAUUGUUCCCAAACAACGAUGAUAAUAACACCGCGCAAUCUUCAACUUUGCCGGAAGAUGAAGAGUCUUCUCAGAGUAAAAAAGCGAAGGAAUCGCAAAAUACGGAGGAACCGCAAAAUGCGGAGGACGACGCAGAUAUAAUAGAAGAGACACCGCAGAGUCCGGAUGCUGCCGGGUCUUCCAGUCCUGAUUGCCAAAUUCUGCCUAUAGAAAUUCCCACGGAACGUUACAAUUCGUCCGAAAAUCAUAGACAACAAGCAAAACAAAAGGUAAUACCGGUUAUCACGAUUAGUGAUCGGCCGGGCAAUAUAAAUACCCCGGUCGACUUCUCGGACGACGUUACGUUCUGCGAGUGGGAUAUGUUGGAAGAAUCGGAGACGCAUAACGCAAGGAGCAGAGGCGAUCGGCAACCGACGCUGGCUCCCGACGUGUCGACCGCGGCGAGAUUGGUCAGUAGCAAUCUACCGCAAAAGACCAGCGACAGCAGGAGUUACGCGUUGGACUCGCGUAAUAUACCGACCGUUCCAGUGCCUUCCCUCGGCGGUUCCAGGAGAUUGACGUCGGUUUUGGAGAAAAACAGGCUGAAUCUAAGCAUAAUAACCGGCAACAUUGCCAGACCGGAGUCACCUGUGAACGUUCCGGAGGUGAGACUCAACUCUCCCGAUCCCGAGAUACUGUUCGCGAGGUCGUCAUCCAGUGUCACGCCAUCGAAAUCGAAGGACAGCCACAGCGCGUCGAAGCCGCCGUCGAUACCGCUUCUGCUAUCACCACCACCGCCACCCGUCUCAAGCGUGCCGCCGCUGUCCAUGGAGGACUUAGCCGAGCUGCUGAACGACGAGGGUAACGCCGAGAAGAAUAAAACGGGCGAGAACGCCGGUAGGCAUACGAUACAUUUGCCUGCUAGGAAACCCACGUCGAAUGUCGCGAAAUCGAGCGAUCAUCGGUCGCCUUUUCCGGGUCCCAAGCCGCCAGAGCCGCGCUACGCGGAUAAUUACGAGAGGCAUCCGCGCCAACGAGACGCGCACAGCCACGAGAUCGCGAGAGAUAAACAGGUCGCUGGACAUUCCGAUGAAGCGCCAUCUCAGAUACCGGUUUUUAUCAAUGCCUCGAAUAAGCCGGACGCUCCGUUGUAUCAGAGACGUUCGAGCAUGCCGCCGGAGACGCGGAAGGAACCCGCGCCGCUCAGACAGGAUAGCGAAUUUGUGAUAGAUGGCGUCGACUAUUACAAUAUGCAUGUAAACCCGAUGCAUUGGUCGCCUUCGGCCGUGCCCAGCACCGAUCAUCAAUUCGCCAAUACGCAGUGGGCAUCUUCCGUCUUCCCCGGAAUGUCCAAUCCACCUUUGCAAUCGCCCAUCCAGCAUCCCUAUCAGCACCCAGCAAUGGAGCCGCAAUUCAGGCCGCAAUUUCCGACUUUACCCGUCGGUCCUAGACCAUUGAUCACUCCUACGCCGCGAUCGCAAGAUCACAUGACUCCGUCUGGAUUCCCGGUCGCGCCGCAGUACAGAGGAUUUCAAAUGAAUCAAGGACCGUACGAUUCAGCCUUCUCGGUCGACAGACCAGUGGAUUAUCCUCACGUGAGGCCUACCUGGGAAGCUCCCGCUAACAGAGUGGGCCAGGCGCCUUACGAAAGUGUGAUUCCUUGCGGAAUUCAGGAUAAUUCCACGAGCACUCCGUAUACGCGACCUAGUACACCUUGCACGUGGGGCGGGAGCAGAUCUAACAGAGGCAGAGGAUACUACAACAACGAGAGAAACAGGUCGGAAACGAGACCCGGUUUUAAUCGCGAUGCCCGCCGAUCCGAUUGGUCAUCGCGAGACGGCCAUUCUGAUCGGGAGAAUCCGAAUCGUUUCCCGAAUCGGGAUCCGCGCGUUCGUCCGGAACACAACGCGACGAGCCCGAAUCAGACCAAAGAAGCCAGCGUUUCUGCCCGAGAUCCGCGGCUUGCCAAAGAUAAACACUCAUCGAGCAAAACCAAAGACGCGCCUCACAACGAGAGAGAUCCCAGAAAACGGCCGACGACGACAACGACAGCAACGACGACUACAGUAACGCCGACGACAGCAACGACCACGACAGCGGCAACGACAACGACGACUACUACGACUACGACGUUAAAGGAGAAGUCGAAGUCAUCGUCGCAGAAGUUAUCUGAGAAAGAGAAGGCGGAUAAAAUUAACUCGCUGAAAGACAGGUUGCAGUCGCAAUUGAAUGGUCGCAAUCUUUACGGCGCGGUCGAUGCCACUCAGAGCUCCGGCCUGCAGAAUUUUAAGAUUCCUAAGAUCAAGCGAUGUGAGCCGCAACCGCUUCGUCCUAUCAGCGAGAUUAAGAAAGCUGAAAACACUUUGCUCAAAUCGUCGCGUGCAAAGAGCGUUAAUAAGAAGAAAAAGAGCAACAGAUCGCGUUCCGAAAGCAAGAGCAAAGACGACGCGAGUUCCGAAGUGAGUAGCAGUAGUGACGGUAGUAAGAGCGCAACAAAGCAUUCGGUUCAGUCUAAGCAGCAGGACGAGGUCGCGAAAAAAGGAGAGAAUCCGCCCGUCGUGGAGGUGGACAGAAACGUGGUGAAGAUUGGCGAAGCGGAUUCCGUAACGGACGAUCCCAAGUCCAAUGAUGUCGCGGAGAAGAGCAAGAAGGAUGAGCUGGAAGCGGACGGAUCGAAGCCCAAUGAGAAUCUUACACAAGAAUGGAUCGAAUCAUUAAUUAGAAAGUCGUUUGAGUCUGGCGAAGGUAAGAAGUUGGUCGAGGAAGCGAAGCUGAUACAGAAGCUAUUGAAAGAGGAGAAAUUCAAGAAACUCAAGAAGAUUAUCGAGUCGGAUUCUUCGGAGUGUUCGGACAAGGAUGAAGCGAGGAAAACGCCUAAAAAGAAGAGACGAAUAAUUGUGUCUGACAGCUCGGAAGAUGAAUCUCUCGCGGACAGACUCGAAGUAUUAAAUACCGGCAAUGAUGCGAAUAACGAAGGAAUAGAACCGGUUUCCGCAGUUUCUACAGAUUCCAAGGGUUCUGAAGAAAGAGUCGAAGCGACGGUAUCCAACGAUGUUACCGCAAAGAAAGACGACUGUUUGUUGAAAACUAGCGGCAAAGAGCGCGACGUUCAAGUAGAUAAAAACGACCAAGAUAAAAAUUUGCAUUUGCAGAAGGAAAGUGAGAAGAACCAAGAUGACAAUGAGAAGAUCGAUGAUCAGGCGGAAGGUGACAAGCAAACAGACACUCGUCUGGAAAGCAGCGGUAAAGAGAAAAAGCGAGCCGAAGACAAGCAUGAUGAAACCUCUGCGGAGAAACAACGAAAGGAUAAUGCAGAAAUGCCGACGAGCCAGAAUGAGAAUCAGAUCGAGGGUGUGGAAUCUGCCACUUCCAACGCCGCGAACGACCAGCCUGACGAAAUUUCGACCGACAAACCAAAGAUGAAAAUCAAGCCAAAGAGAAGGAAUUCUUUGGAAAUGUUGCAGGAGGAUAUCAGGGAAAUGUUUAUCAGCGAUGACGUGGUGACAGCUACAGGUUUUCGGAUGUGUCGAUUGAAGGAGACUCAAUCAGCGCCAAGCUCGAGCUCUAAGAAAGACGAGACAUCGAACGCGGCCGAGAAGAAAGCUGCGGAACCAAGUGCUGAAACGCACGAGUCGGCGGCGAGCAAGUCGAAGAAAUCCUUGCGAUCUCGCGCUGCCGGGGAGUCGAGCAAAUCGAAAAGCAAAAGUAAGAAGGACGUUAAACGGCCGCUUCGUAGCCUGCGCUCCAAAGAACUCGUUCCGAACUCCGACACCGAGGAGGAUCAACCGCUGGCUCUGCGGACAGAAAAGCUGUUGAAUAUCGGCAGCACGCCGAAUCAAGAGGAAGAUCACGGCGACGAAUCUAUACUUCGCAGAUCCAAACGUGUCCUGCACAAGGACAUUUUGAAAGAACCGCGGGUGGUUAUGGAAAAGACAGAUAUCUCGAAGGUAGAUUUGUCCAAAGGCAUGUUCGACAGUUCUUCCGACGAGAGCUUCAGCAUAGAUGUGGCCGAACUGGCCGCGGCGGUGGACGUCUCUCUUCGGCCGGAGAAGAACUCCGAUCAGGACUCGGUAGACACGAUGGCGAGUUUGAAGCGCAAAAACAAGGGCAAACGAAUGUCGAAGGGGUCGAAAAAGUCGCGACUGAAUGAGGACAAGAGCGAGGACGGAAUGUAUCUUACGGACGAGGACAGCAUGAUAUCGGACAUCUCUAUGUCGAGCAGCACGACAGCCAGAAAGAGAACGAGUGGCGGCGCAGCUAGAACGUGCGCCAGGGAGGAUCUAUUGAGCAACAUUCUGGUCGGACUGGUGCCGACGGCGACGAUGAAUACGUCGACGGACAAAGGCAGCGAUGCGGACGUCGACGAGGAUAUGAACGAUCCGUUGGCGAUCACGGAGACAAGCGUGAAGAAACCAACGAAAAGGAAAAAGAAGAAGCCCAGUUGGCAGAUGGGAAUAGUAACUACUAAAAAGAAGAAGAAGAAGGCCGCUUCGGCAGUCAAAUCUGCGCAAGCAAAUAUCGACGAGAGCACAAACGUUGAAACAAGUAUUUCGACGAAUAACGAUUCGAAUGAUAACAGUGCGACGACGGAGGAAACUUUUAUGGAGAAUCCUGCGGACAGCCUUUCUCUAAACGAUGCGGUUGUAAAACUUGAGCCAAUUCAAAUCAAGUGUGAAGAUAUUAAACCGCUUAUAAAAACGGAUAACACCGAUAUUGAAGACUACAAGGAAUUAAAUGAUCUCGCAUUGUCGGAAUUAUUGAACACAGAAGAAGAAGGGAAUUUGAACGACUCUCUGCUUUCUAUCGACGAUGGUAAGCCGUUGAUUCCAGAAGAAAUGGAAAGCACUACCGUGCCAGAAAGCGCUGCCGUCGUCGCAUCAAGUGCUGCUGUCGCCGCAUCAAGUCCUGCUGUCGCCGCAUCAAGUGCUGCUGUCGCCGCGCCAAGUGAAGCUGUUGCCACCACCGCGGACGAAACUGUGGAGAAGCAACCACCGAAGAUUCUCUACGACGAACAGAUGGAGGAGGCGUUCCGCAAGAUGGACGCCGAGCGGCUGAUGAACUAUGCGUUUGACGGAACAUGCCAGAAUAAGUACAAAUGUUUACUGUGCCUUUAUUCGGGCAAGAACAUCGUUCACCAUUACAAGAUGAAUCAUCCCGGAAAAGAGGUUCUCAUCUCGCGUUUCAAGCUGGUGAACGCCCUGGCCGCGAUGGCGAUCGCGGUUCCCGCGACGGAGACCACGGUCGCGAGUCAGGUGUGCAAGUUUCGCUGCAGAUUUUGCUAUUUUGUUACGGAAGGGGCGGCGGACGUUGCGCUCGAAGCGUUCUACGAGCACUGCACCACGCACACCGGUGAAUACAGAUUCCAUUGCAACAAGUGCUCUUAUCAGGCGGUGGCCAAGGCGUCCAUGAAGACGCACUAUUACAAAAUAUGUCGCAAACCCACCGACACGUUCAACAAUGUCGUGACCGAGGACGCUCUUCCGAAGGAGAACGGCGUUUACGGCUACCUGUGUCGCAAAUGCAAUUACGUGCAGCUAAAGCGGGCCAAUGUGGCGGCCCACGUUGCAUUUUGGCAUCGAAAUAAAGCGAAUAAUGAAAUUCUGAAGAUCAACAUGUCGCUAGCCGUACCUGUCGCGCACGCCGCAAGAUCCAGCGAGAAAUCGACCGAGUCUACAUCCGCGAAUGAUUCUUUCUUCUUCGAGGAAACGAAGCCAGAAAUUUCCGAACUCGAGAACAUAGUGCGCAAUGAUGAGCCGAUGCCGACGGUUGCCGAAAGGAUGAGCAAAUCUCAAGGUGACAAUAAUAUCAGCGAAGAAUCCAUUCUGUGCCAACCGAAACCCGAGGAGAACAUCGAGAUCAAGGAAGAGACAACUGAUCUUGAUAAAUCGAGAGAAUUUCAAGGAGAACCGGAAGGGUCGGUGAGCACCGGUAAUCUAAGCGUGUUUGUUUGCCCGCCGGAGCUGGAGAACAAGGAUGACGAGAUACAACGGGAACGACAGAAAAAGAUGCAGGAGAUCGCCGACAAUAUAGGCAUCCUGAAGAAUCAAUCUAAGCCAGGUUUAUCCAUAAUAGACAAGCUGCAGAACAAGAUGCGCACGGACGUGGUUGUCAGCUCUCCCACCGAGUGCAAUGCGUCAGCGGACAUUCCGGAAGCGCAGGAAAACCUCUCGUUGCCUCUCGUAACUUCGAGCAAACCAAACGGUCAAGAGACUCCCUCUUUAUCUACGGAACUGUUGAUUGUCGAUAAACCCGAGAUGGCGAACGAGACGGACGGUCAAGUUGAUACGAAGAUCCGAGAUCCUCUCGCGAUUAUGGAUUCAAGUAAGGACGACGUCGAGAGCGACGACGAGGCCAGCGACCGCGAGCGUUCGGCGCCGAUCUUCGACACGGACUCCAGCAGCGAGCAGUCAGACGCGGAACCUGCCGACGUCAACAAGAUUCUGAAGGAAACGUCGAGCAUGAACGCGCUGUCGUCGAUGGCGACGACAAUUCAAAGACUAGCCGCGCAGCUUCAAAACGCGAAACCGUUGGAGCCGGCGACCGAGCCAGCGAAUAUUGACGUCACGCCGCAGACCAAGACCGGACCUGAAAUCAAGACUGAUUCUGAUUUAUCAAUCUCGAAAACGCCGGACGUUGUUUCUUAUGUCAAGCAUUUGCUGUCGAAACAGCAGAACGUCGGAACACUGCAGGAGUCGUCGAUGGCGUACAACGACGCCAAUCAGUCCAUGAAUUUCCUCAGAUUCAGGCGAUUGAGCGGCGACAAACUUUCCUUGUCAUCUCAGAAUAAUCAAAAUAAUAUGCCAGAUAAAAUUCAGCCAGACACCGCCAUAGACGCACCACAGACGGAUACAGAAGAAGAGUGCUCGUUCUUAAAGAUCGAGAACGUAGUUAGCCUUGCAGCAAAUUCCGAGAAUAAUGAAACUGCAGUUGAAAAUCCUAUUGUAAACGACAUUAGAAAGGCAGUCGAGACCUCUCCUACGAAAAACAAAGGGAUAUCCAUCAUCAAGAAGCCCAAACAGCCUUUGAUACUGAAGAAGAUAAAUGUAUUAGCGCCGAUGCCGACCGCGAGUAUCACGCCCAUCGCCACGUCGGAUCACGUGACGCUGAUUCCGAUGAAAGAUCUGCCAGCAUCCAUCUCGAAGUCCACCACUCAUCUGGUCACGAAUUUCUCUACCAUUCCGGCGACCGUUUCUCCGACGACGCUGCCGGUGACCGUUUCAUCGGUGAGCCCGUCGAACGUGAAUUACAAAGUGGUGAAGGUGCUGUGCACGAAUCCCACGAGGGGUUCAUCAUCUAUAUUCAGCACUAAAUCUAAAGACGUUGCAAUCCCGACCGCCGUGGUCAAGCUGAAAUCUGUAAUCGCGUACGCGUCGAUGCUGACGGACGAGAAGCUGGCGUGCUUCUACAAAUGCAUGGGCCGCGACUGCGACUUCGCGAGCGACUCACUCGCCGUGUACAGCGAACACUACAAUUUCCACGAGAAGGAGACCAAAAAGCUGAAGACCGUGCCGCCGUACGAUUUUCAGAAGUGCGCCUAUUGCUGCAUAUCCAUGAAGAGUUGGACUUACAUGGAAGCUCACUUGUGGGAGAGACACAGCCAUUGUCGAUACCAGUGUGCUUAUUGCUUUUAUCGAGCCGUCGCAAAGUCUUACGUUCAGCAACAUCAAGUGACUUGUCAUCCCGGCAGAAAGUAUUCCAUUAUAAUAGGUAAACUACUGAAGCCGAUUCAAAAAGACGAAGAAAUCAAUCGCAACACUAACAUAAAGCCAUUCGUGUGCACAUACGAAGGCUGCGGCAAGUUUUUUUAUGUACUUAAGACAUUUAUGAUGCACUUAAAAACGAGACAUCCAACCUCUCAUCCUAUGUACUCGUGUCAUGUGUGUACCACUAGUUUUGCGACAAUAGAAUUGCUUAUACCCCACUACAAGCGGCACGGGUUUUCCAUAUUCCAAUGUUUAUAUUGCAUAUUCGGCACGGAGACUUUAAUCGAAAUGCAUCAACAUUUGAGCGUCGCCCACUGCAACCGGCUGCCUCAGAGUCUCGAGCGCUCGCUUCCUUCAAUGCCAACAAUUGAAAAGCCCGUUGUAGAACAACUUUUAUUACGAAAUUUCGAUGACUUCAUAAAGCUGGAUGAAACCACGCUUGUGAAUGUUGAUGAGACCGCAAAGAGUGCACAAGACGCAAAGAACGACCAGAUUCCUCCUAUAAUGUCACCAAAUGCUGAAGCUGCUUUGAAUAAAGAGCAGUUAAAGUCGCCAAGUAACUUGUUGCCUAAUAUUUUAAUGAAACACUCUAAAGACACAUGUCCUGUCAACGUGACGGAAAACAUGAGUAACAGUGCUACUGAGAAACAGACUGAAACUAAAGUUUUGCAAUCGUUAGGGUUGCAGCAGAAGGAAAAGGCGAAGAACCACGUCAGGAAGCAGACCUUUCACAAGUCGGAGUUGCUGUCGUGCACGGACGAUUCCGGCACGAAGGACUCGUUAGAGUCGUCGAGCGAGAUAAAUUACGACGACGAGUUUGUCAAUACCAAUCUUCUCGAUAAUCCUGAAUUCUUUAAGAAUCUCAUCAGCCUUGCUGGAAACACGUUUAAGAGUAACGCGGUGUCCGCUAACAAAACAGAGGACAGUGACAUUGAGAUCUUGGAUAUCGAGAGCGAUAAGGGAAACGGCGAGGACGAUGCGGAUCAAGCGGCCGAGCUUUCCGAGGAAAAUGCCGAGGUGAAAAAGCAAUUUGCGCCGUGCGGCGUUGUCGAGGAUAAGAGCGCCUUCUGCCCGGAAGAGGCAGCUGCCCGGACCGCGCAGUUGGAGGAACCUUUGACUUUGGACGACAUCAAAGACACCGGUUAUAGCGGAUGUGAGCUGUACAAAUGCGGUUAUCUGGAGUGCAGUUACACGGCGCUGAACUCGAACACGCUGAAGGAGCACAUUAAAGAGUGCAGUUUCGCGGAGAGCAGCAAGAAUUUGUUCUGUGCGCAUUGUAAGAAGCGUUUCGUCAAGGCCGGCUUCCUUCUGGAACAUCUGAUGAAGGCUCACGGAUUGAAGCGUUUUGGAUGUUCGCUGUGCGAGAUGAGAUAUGCGGUUGCAUACCAAGCUACAGCUCACAUGAAGGUGAAGCACAAAUGCAACAACACGAAGUUAGUGCCUGCGGAUCCAACGAACCCGUCGGUCGACGGUCUCUUCAUCGUGCAAGCAGUCGCUUUCGGAGUUAUUGAGCGAAAGAACAAGAAGCGUAAGGGUGGGAAAUCCGAUAUGGAACAAGAGAACGACAAAGAUAACGAAAAAUUGUCGUUCAGUCCGGAUGAAAUAGAGAAAUUACCGCGCCGGGCGAUUUACAAUCGGGAGGUUCAUUGCGCCGUCUGCCCUUACACAACUAAAGUACGAACGAACAUCGUCCGACACUUGCAGCUGCACGCGAAAGAUGAGACUGUACCUGAAACCGGGCCGGUUAAUCCUGUCCCUUGUUUAGAUAAGAAGGAGAAAAUGUUCGAUAAAAUGGUUAAUCUGGCGAGUAGCUCGCAUCAAAAUGGUCGGAUGGGCGCGAAGUCGAAAGAAACUGUUAAAGAGAUCGAAGAGGAUGACAGCAUACCGAAGUUUGUACCGGAACAUAAAAGAUACGUCUGCAGCGUGACCGAAUGCAAUUAUCUAACGGUCGAUGAGGCGAUGUUGCGUUAUCACUUGAAAGCUUUACAUUCGGAGGAGCCGUAUUUCCGUUGUCCGCAUUGCCCCCCGCCGCCGCCGGGUCAGGAGAGCCAGAAUAUAGCGAUUGAUAAAAUGGGCGUUCAUCUGAAAAUGCACGAUACGAGGCUUUAUAAAUGCUCGCACUGCAAUCAUCAUCAUUAUCAUAGUAUCGAAAUGCCUUCUAGACACGUCGUGGAACGGCAUCUCACCGACAAGCACUCGGAGAAGAGGCCUUUCGUGAAAGUGGUGAGAGAGCUCGAGAGCACGGAGAACGUUCAACAGCCGGUGCAGGAGGAAACGGAAGAGGAGGUGCCCGAUCCAGACGGCAAUCACUGGAAGUGCAAUCUCUGCGAGUACAAGUGUGUUUAUAAAGCCGACAUAGCCGGUCACGCCGACACGGCGCACAGCGAGAACUGCCAAUACAAGUGCACCCUGUGUUCGUUCAAAACGAAUGGGAAGAUACUUUUCGAGCAGCAUGUGAGCAGCAAGCAUGCGAACGAUUCCAAUGCCGAUUAUACCGCGGUGUACCGGAGAAUAAAGGGGGUCAACAAACGCAACGCGGAGGUCGCAGAGCAAGGAGUGCAAGAAGAACCCUUCGACACAACGCCGCUCUGGAGGAGAAGUAUGCCGCGGAUUCGACACAUCCGUGGGAUUCUUCUGGAAGAGGAGGAGGAGCAAGAGAAAAGGGAAGCGGAGACUCUUGCGACGAGCGAGGCGUCGCCCGUACCUCCAAAGGUAUCUUCGAAACGCAAGAGCGAGACGGAUAUCUCGAAGAUACCGGCGAAGAUAAAAUCGACCGGGAAAUCCAUAUCCCUCGACGAGAACAAUAAACAGUCUAAGGAAAAGUCGAAGAGGUCGCUCUCGUGCGAGAAACUACCCGGUGAAGCGGGAGAGACGACUGAGAAACAAGUCGCGAAGGAAGGCGCGCAGAGCAAAGCUAACAAGAAAUCGACCGAGCAUUCGAAAGCGAUUGAGCUGAGUGACGUCAACGACUCCGACAUAGGGAGAUUCGGGCCUUACGGCAAACCGGAAGGCAACAUGUACGUAUGCACACUGUGCCCUUCAAAUCAAGAUUCACCUUCAAAACCUUUCAAGACGAAGUACAAGCAUGAUAUGAGGGAUCAUCUUUACAGAGAGUUGAACUAUGCUAGAUGGCAUUGCAAAACAUGUGGAUAUUUAUCAGUAAAUCGAAAUGCGUUGAUGCAACAUUUUGGAAAGCGACAUAGUGGAGAAUCCGCUGAUCACGAGCCACUUUCUCCGGACAAUGCGAUUGAGGAUUGGGUGACGACUUUACUGAGCAAGCAGACAGAAAUAAUCAAGGCAACAAUUAAACAGAUGAAUCUUGCGUCCAAGAAUGCAAACACAUCCGUUGGUACAUCAUCUUCAAAUGUGAACAAUGCAAAUAGUCCGAUAAAAAUCCAACCGGACAAAAGAACCGUAAAUCUAUCAUCCGCAAUAUCUAAUCUACAGAGCGACAUUCUUCAGGAUACCAAUAGAAGUAUAGACAGCGAUGACGGCGACGAUCUUGUAAUCGAUAUAAAGGACGACGAGUCGUUCGAGAAAAGCAGCGGGAGCGAGGACAAAAGCGAGAAAUGGUUCAACGUGUCCGAAGCAAGUGAGAAAAAUCUUGAGGCCAUCAGCUGCAAGCACUGUAAAACGAAGUGCGCUAACCUGCGCGGGCUCAAGAUGCACGUUCAGGUUGCGCAUCUGAAGCGGUUCGGCUAUCUGUGCUUUUAUUGCACCUGGACCAACAACUCGGAGACGCUGAUGCGCCAGCACGUACGUCUGGAGCAUCCGGAUCAGCCGGAGAAGUUCAUACACAAUCCGCGCGCGUGGGGAAAACCGAAGCUGACUAACGAGUUCUGGGAGAAGGAGUACGGUCUCGAUUUUUCGAAUCCAAACCUGCUGUUGAAAAGCAAGAAGCGGAAGGUAGAGGAGAUGAACGACGCCGGUAGCAGCCAUCGCUUGUACAUGCGGGAGAAGUGCAAGGUGUGCGGUUUCGUGGCUAUGAAUUACACCGGCCUGAAGGCGCACAUGAGAACGCAUACCGGACCCAAGCACAGUCUCAAGUGCUCGUACUGCACUUACAGUUGUUCUUUCAAACCCGAGCUGCAGGAACACUGGGAAGUCAAUCAUUCCUCGUUACCGUUCAAGUUUCAGGAACGACCAUCGACGGCCGGGUCCUCUUCCAGCGAGACGGAAAAGUCGCCUAAGAAACAAAAAAUCGAUAUGAUCUAUGAAGUGGAGGAGGUGGAGGAGGAGCGCGUGCCUGUCCACCAACAAGCGUCGAUUGUGAUUUACAGAUGCUACUAUUGCAACAACCGCAGCCCCUCGCUAGAGUCUGUUAAACGGCACUGGAGCCUCAUGCACAAGGAGUCGAAAAGUCCAGAGGGAACUUCUCACGCGAAGAUCGUUCUGCCGUUUAGGUACAGUGAAAUACAUUUGCCAUUCUCGAAAUUGCCAGCCAAAGAGAGCGCGAAAAACGUCGAAUCACCUCGCGACUUUGCGAAGCAAAGCGCGGAAAGCACGUCGUCGGCCGUUCAGCGGCACGGGUGGGUCUGUCGAUGGUGUCACGAAUUCUGCGAGACGGACAACGACAGAAUGGCGCAUCACAAUAUGUUUCACUCGCAUCUGCCACAGAACUUUACAUGGGAGGAGCAGCAGCAGCAGCAGCAGCAACAACAAGAAGAAGAAGAACAACAACAACAGCAGAAAAAGGAGGAAGAGGAAAAGGCAGAUCAAUCGAAAAGCACGUUCAUAGCGGCGCUGCGACUCUCCGCACGCGGCGCCGAGAAACAUGCGGAUUUCGUGACUGAGAGCGUCCCGAGCUUCAAUUCGAUUGUGGAGAACUUGGUUAAGCAAAGCGACAUUAAAAUCAAAAGCGAUUUGAAUCAGAGUGGCAUUUCGAGCGUUUCGAUACCAAGAGGAAGUCGUCAACCUGUCGCGAAAAAAUCUACAACUAAAUCUACCGUUUCUUAUACGAGACCUGGUCCACGAGUAUUCAAAGCUGUCGCUCGCAAGUCCACGAAUCCGCUGCCGAGAUAUCCAAUGGGUAUUUUUAUGCCGCACAAUGUACAGACAGAAUCCCAGGUAGAAGAGUCGAAGAACGAACCGGUUUCGUAUUACGGAAUGCCGAGCAGCUCCGUUAAUUUAGCCAAACUCAACACGUACAUGGUGGUCGGAGGACACAGUAUGAAAGUAAAUUGUCAAACUCUCGCUGCAUUGAUCAAUAUCAAUCCAAAAGUAUUGUUGACAGAUAUUAGGAAAGACCCUUAAAUACGAUCUUAGAAAACACGUGUUUAACAAUAAUUAUUCUUUUUGUAAAAUAGAGAUUAUUUCGAAUCGUAGAUUCAAGAUUUUUUGUGAUUUUCGAUGAUCAUUAGUUGCCUAGGUUGUUGUAAAAAUUAGAGAAACAAUAAUAUAUAAAAGAGACAAAAACCCCGAUGAUUUUAGGUUACACUAUAUGCCUUAUUCAUGCCAAGUGCGCGCUAUAUUCGUGCUAUACAUUGUUUUUCGUCAAUUUAGUACGAAUAUGACGCGUGAUUAACUUUUGGUAUGCAUGUUAAAAUGAUCAGUGUAAACUAGUUCAAUUUCUAAUACAUAAAACUUAUUUAUAAUGUCAGAAGUGAAAAAGAAAUGCAAAUGUUUUAUUAAUAUUGAAAUAUUUAAUAUCAUUUGUAUCUCUCCUUGUUUCUGACUUUCUUGUGUCGUGUAAUGUAACGUGUACAGCGGUAAGUAAAUGAGGUGAUACGACUAAACAGCUGUGGAUUCUUAAAAAACAAUAAAGAAAAAAAAUUGUAGGAUACCUUAAAUUGGAUUGUCUCGUCUCGACUAUAUGUUUCAUGUGAUACUUUUAUAUAUAUAUAUGGAAAAAAGUUUUUCUUAAUUUGUUAGAACUGAAUCAUAUUUAAACUUAGUGCUAUAUAACUGAUUUGUUUUAUUAAUUGCUGUAAAAUCAAGCGAGACUAUUUUUAAUACCUUUCAUAAAAUACUUAACAUUGUGUAAUAUUCAUUAACUCAUUUGGAAUAGCAGUAUAAUGACAUGUAAGAAAAAAAUAAAAGCAUGAAAGAUCAUGCAGUCGCUUUUUU